UGUUCCUCUGUCAUUCUCGGACUCGGAGGAUGACACGCCCUUGACGCAGCAACACUUGGUCCUUUGCUCCAUCCUCCCGCGGAAGACCUCGGAGAGGCGCGUGGGCUUCACAGAGCCAUCGACGGGACACCCUCACGGCCAGAGGAGCAAGCGACGAUAUCGUCAUCGUCAUCGUCUAUCCGUACGGAUACAGAGGAGCCCGAACUAGAACGACGAUGACCACCACCACCACAGCCCAUGACUACCGCGCAAGUCUACGCACUACCUGCGUCAACAGCCGCGGUACGCCUCCGCCGCCGCCCGCCCGCCCGCCUAUUCCUUCUCGCCCUGGCGGGCCGUUCCAAGCCUCAAAUUCUCAAAAGCAAGAACUCAUCUCAGCUCAAACGAGAUUCGUGCAUCUCCAAGUCGACCUUAUUUUGAUGCCUAAAGACUGGCUUGUCGCGAUCAACCCUCCAACCCCGACCCCCUUCCAUAAUCAGAUGGACUUGAUAGACGUUAAACCGAACAUCGUUAGGGACGCUACAACCUACCAACGUCUUCCCUACAAGUUAGGACCCGUACUAUUUCCAUCGCGGCUGUGUCGAACGGGGGGGGAGGGGUGAAGGCGGGGGGAGCUACAUCCUACACCACAAAAACCACACCACACCAUCAGCAUUUUUCCUUUCUCCAAUAAGUACGUACCUUGCCUUACUUCACUUUCGCCCGCUUGGCCUGGACGAUA